AUGACCUCUAUGAAACUAAUUCUACAAAGCCAGACUCUCAAGCAUGAGGACAUGUCUGUUUCUAGACCAGAGGGUGAUGUUAGGCUCAGUGCCCAACUGAGUCCGACCAAGGCUAGUGUUAGGGAGCGAAUGCGAGCUGCAUAA